AUGAGGUAUUGGGAUCCAAUAACUUCAAGCAUAGACUGAUGCGAAGCUAAUUACGAAGUUUCCGAAUACAUCGUAGAAUUCUGGAACACAGUAACCAGUUUUGCAUUAGUUGUAGUUGGAGUAUAUGGAUUAUGGGUGCUUAGAAGCUUUGAAAGCCGAUUUGUUGAAAAUUUGAUCGCUUUCUUUUUCAUUGUAGUUGGGGUUGGAUCUGCAGCUUUCCACGCUACUUUAAAGUAUGAGUACCAGCUAUGGGAUGAAAUUCCGAUGUUUUGGGUUAUUUCAGGGGCGAUUUAUGCCUAUAUGGUUUUAUUCGAUUAUUGGUGGGAAAAACGAAUUUAUCUGCAAUGGUUCUUUAUAAUCUAUAAUAUCGUCUGGUAUUUUGUGCACAGUAGCAACGCGUUUACAGUUUUCUUCCAAGCUAACUUUUUUGUGCUUAACACCGUGAUGAUUGUAUUAAUGGUAACGUUCAUAUAGUUCUAUUUUCAUCAAAAAUACAAGACAAAGUCCUCAACAAUGAUGAUAAGUUUAUAUAUUUUUGCAAUACUUUCUGCUUUCUCCUUAUGGCUUGUUGAUAAACUUAUGUGUGAGCAUGUCAGUCAACUUCCUGUAAAUCCUCAAUUCCACGGCUGGUGGCAUGUUUUAGUAGCUUCUAGUGCUCAUUAUUCCUUGAUGUUUGAGCUUGUAAUCCGCCACACAAUACAACAAAACAGAAUGCUAGAAAUCGCAGGUGGACUUUUAAAGUACCCCAUAAAUAACUCAGAAGACCUGCAUUCGCAAUAA